CCUAAACAAUUCCCGUCCCCAAAAGAAACAUAAGCUCGGAAAAAAAAAAAAAAAAGGAAGGAAAAUCUUCUUCGGCUGCGGCAUCUGCAUCUGCUUCUGCUUCUGCGAAAAGCAGCGGUCUGAGUUUUGGCUCGGGAAUUUUCGCGAUGGGAUUGGCGAGGAGGACGAGGGAUGCGGAGGCGGAGCUGAACCUGCCGCCAGGGUUCCGGUUCCACCCGACGGACGAGGAGCUCGUGGUGCACUACCUGUGCCGCAAGGCGGCGUACGAGCGCCUCCCCGUGCCGAUCAUCGCCGAGGUCGACCUCUACAAGUACGACCCCUGGGAGCUCCCAGAGAAGGCAUUAUUCGGGCAGAGGGAGUGGUACUUCUUCACCCCCCGCGACCGCAAGUACCCGAACGGGUCGCGGCCGAACCGCGCCGCCGGGAGGGGCUACUGGAAGGCGACGGGGGCCGACAAGCCCGUCGUGCCCAAGGGGACCCACCGCCCCCUCGGGAUCAAGAAAGCCCUCGUCUUCUACUCCGGCAAGGCCCCCCGCGGCGCCAAGACCGACUGGAUCAUGCACGAGUACCGCCUCGCCGACACCUCCCGCUCCCCCAACAAGAAAGGAAGCCUCAGACUGGACGACUGGGUGCUGUGCCGGCUGUACAACAAGAAGAACAGCUGGGAGAAGAUGCAGAGCCAGAAGGAGGAGGCCUCGAUGAUGACGACCGACUCGACCGACGACUCGGGGUCGAACAGCUUCCGGACGCCGGAGUCGGACAUCGACAACGACGUGUUCGACAAGGCGGCGGCUAGGCCGGAGGCCUACCCGAACCACCAGUCCACCGAAGUGUGCCAGAUCAAGGAGGACAGCGAGUGGUUCAUGGACCUGAACCUGGAUGAUCUGCAGAGCGCCUACACCGGCUUCGGACCCGCGACGCCGACGCCGACCUUCGACAUGUCGAACCCGAGCUUCUACUUCCCGGGCCUCAGUUCGCCGAAGCCGAACUCGAACCAAACUAUGAACUUGCCACCGUUUUGAAUUUCUGAUCAUCUUUAGCUGUAUAUACAGAAGAAACCAGAGAAAAGAGUAGGGGGGGGGUAUAAUUUAGUGCUAGGGAAGGUUAAAUUUUAUGUUUGCAUGAUUCUUUUGUUUCUUUUUUCUUUUUUUCGCCGUUUAGUAAAAGAAUAUAUACUCCCAUGAACAAUUAGGAGCAAAAAAAAUAUAUGUAUGUGUAUAGGGUAAUGGGUAGUAGAAUUAGGGGUGGACAAUUUUAUAUAUGUUUUGGUUAAAUGGUUGUGGUAAAUUUUAAGCAUGAUUUAAUGAAGGGGAAAAUAUAUAU